UAUCUCACAUUGUUACAGGGAAGCCAAUAGAGUAGCGGAUUGGUUAGCUAACUAUGGUGUGACCUUGGAGCAACCUAUGAUCAUUUUUGAGGCGGUCCCGGAGGAUCUAAGGGGAGUAGCUAUGCCGAGGAGGGUAGCUAGGAAGGAUUAGUUUGUUUUGCUUUGUUUUUUUGGUUUCUUGUUUUUGCUUUUUAGUUCUAGUUUUUCUCCUUUCUUUUGGGGCUUGCCCCUCGUGUUCACCAAAAAAAAAAAAAAAAAAAAACUAUAGAUACAAGAAAAUGGGUUGUAAAGUUUAAAAGAUACAAACUAGACUAGAAAGCCCAAACAAAAGUGGGUACCCAUUAACGAACAGCCCUAAUUGUUUAAAGACGGAGUAUACGUUGCCAAUGAAUUAAACGGAUAUUGGAGCUUAUACACGUGUACCCUUCCUUCCCUCUCUCUUCCAUUGAAGCUUACUCUGAACUCCGUUGAAGCGGCUUGUGAGCUCUCCCCUCCAUUGAAGCAGCUUCUAAGAACCCUUGAAUGUUAGGACGGAACUAUGAAAAUGGAAUUUCUCUCUCUGGGUCCAGGGCGGCCGCCCCGCCUGCCGCCCUGGCUCAAGGGCGGGUCUGUGAAAAGGUAUUUUUAGCGUAUAAGAUAAGGUAUGUUGAAUUAUCAGUUGAUAUUCCCGAGUUGAAGAAGGAUAAUAGGGUGUAUAGAAAACAGAAGAGAAAGUUGGUUUGUGCUGUUUCUAAGAAUGAACCUAUGGCUAUCAAUGGUAAGGUUUUCCAUAGCGAGAGGAACUCUCGUGGGCGAUUUGAGGAUGACAAUUCAUCUUUGGGCUAUUCUGGUCCAACUUAUGAUGAAUAUGAGAGCAAUAAUCAUCUUCGCCGUUUGGUUAGGAACGGGGAGCUUGAGGAAGCCUUUAAGAAUCUUGAAAGUAUGGUUUAUCGGGGUGAUAUCCCUGAUAUUAUACCAUGUACUAGUUUGAUUCGCGGGUUUUGUAGGGUUGGUAAAACUAGGAAGGCCACUAGGGUUUUGGAGAUUCUUGAGGAAUCUGGAGCUGUACCUGAUGUGAUUACUUAUAAUGUUUUGAUUAGUGGGUAUUGUAGAGCUGGGGAGAUGGAUAAUGCAUUAAGGCUUCUUGACCGUAUGAGUGUUGCUCCGGAUGUUGUGACCUAUAACACCAUCUUGCGUAGUUUGUGUGAUAGUGGGAAAUUAAAACAGGCUAUGAAGGUUCUUGAUAGACAGAUGGAAAGGGAAUGUUACCCAGAUGUGAUCACAUAUACUAUAUUGAUCGAAGCAACUUGUAAGGAAAGUGGGGUUGGCCAAGCAAUGAAACUUCUUGAUGAAAUGAGGAGCAAAGGUUGUAAGCCUGAUGUGGUCACCUAUAAUGUUCUUAUAAAUGGGAUUUGCAAGGAAGGGAGAUUGGAUGAGGCAAUUGAUUUUUUGAAUAGCAUGCGAUCACUUGGUUGCCAACCAAAUGUAAUAACCCACAAUAUUAUCUUAAGAAGCAUGUGUAGCACUGGAAGGUGGAUGGAUGCCGAGAAGUUAUUGUCUGACAUGCUUCAGAAGGGCUGUUCUCCUAGUGUUGUUACCUUUAAUAUACUCAUCAAUUUCUUGUGUAGGAAAGGGCUGUUGGGCCGGGCAAUUGAUAUGUUAAAUAAAAUGCCAAAACACGGCUGCACCCCUAACUCCUUGAGUUACAAUCCUUUACUCCAUGCAUUUUGCAAAGAAAAGAAAAUGGAUAGGGCGCUUGAAUAUCUUGGUAUAAUGGUCUCUCGAGGAUGUUAUCCUGAUAUUGUGACCUACAACACUCUCCUUACAGCUUUAUGCAAAGAUGGGAAUGUUGAGGUUGCUUUGGAACUACUGAAUCAGUUAAGUAGCAAGGGUUGCUCACCAGUUCUGAUUACCUACAACACAGUAAUUGACGGGCUCUCUAAGUCAGGAAAGACAGAACAUGCCAUAAAGCUUCUGGAUGAGAUGCAGAAGAAGAGGUUGCGACCUGAUAUAAUAACUUAUUCUUCAGUUGUUUCAGGGCUUAGCAGAGAGGGAAAUGUUGAAGAAGCAAUUAGAUUCUUCCAUGAAAUAGAAAGGAUAGGAAUCCAACCUAAUGCAAUUACCUAUAACUCUAUCAUGUUGGGACUUUGCAAAGCUCGAGAUACUGCUCGUGCUAUUGACUUCUUGUCUUAUAUGAUAUCAAAAGGUUGCAAACCUACUGAAGCUACGUACACCAUUCUUGUUGAAGGUAUUGCAUAUGAAGGUCUAACUGAGGAGGCUUUGGAGUUACUGAAUGAGUUGUGUGCUAGAGGGUUUGUGAAGAAAAGUUCAGCUGAACAGGUAGCUGUAAAGAUGUAGAUCAACAGAGGCUAGUGAGUUAAUGCUCCUGCUUUUUGCUCACAAACUAUCGUAGUUCUAUAAUUGCUUACCCUGCCUCUCUGUAGUUAGUGAUGUCAGGAUUCAAUUUUGUUUGUGUUCUUGAGUCCUGCAUAGUUCAAUAUCAUGUCAUAUACUCUUAUGUAAGCUUUUGCUCAUAUAGUUUGUUUCACCAGGAUACCUUGCACUUGUAUAAUCCAAAUAGUUUUGAGCUGAUUUCUUUAUCUCCCUCUUUCUUGUAAAAACUCGUGAUUAGUUCUUUAAGUAUAUUGUUUAAGAGCUACCCUUAACAUGGGGACUCGAUGAA